AUGAGUUUAGAUUACAACAUUGGUUUAGGAUAUAUAUAUUCAAAAACUAUGUCAAAUUUUGAAAGUAGUUCAACCUUGACUUAUCAAAAAAAAAGAAGUUUAUUUGAUGCAAUAUACCAAAAACUAUUAGUUAACGGCUCACCACCGCUAAAUGGUGAUAAUAAUACCUCCGGUGUAAAUAUAAGGAAAAAAAAACUAGGUACAUCAAAAUCAAGCUCAAUACCAGUUGAUUUAACACAUUUAUAUACGUUUCAAAUUUUUCAAGGAGCGCAACUAUCGGUAUGGCAUGAUACAGCAGGACCUGUAGUAGAACAAUUAUGGAAAUAUAAAGAUAUCGGAUCAGAUUUUCAAGCAUUUAUAGCACGUCAAACUCUUUGUGGUUUAGAUCCAAAGAACACUGCUGAUGAAAUUAGAUUUAAUAUUUAUCCAGAUCAAGGCUUCAUGGUACUUUCACACAUUUUCAACUCUAAAUAUAAUGACUCUUUAACAAAAUUUGCGCUCUCUGUAUUUUUAUCAAUAACCAACUUUAAUGAAUAUCUACCAAUACACGAUAUAAUAGUUGAUAGGGUAACAUGUCUAUCAUGUAAACUUUUAAAAAACUAUUCAUUAAAUAUAACAGAUCAUUUAGAAUUAUUUACAAAAGAAUUAGUAUUGACAAUGAUAAAUGUUGAACAAUUAUUUUUAUCGGGAUAUCCAUCAAUUAAUAUUUCAUCUACAUGUUUUAAUGAACCAAAGAUAGAUCAAGAAUUUUUAGUUCGUGCAUUAACAUCACACUUUCAAACCUAUGGAUCCACUAUUGUAAUCGGUAGCAAUCCAGAGACAGUAUUGAUGUGGAUGGAUACAAUAUCACUAUUCCUAACACCAAAAGAAAGAAAACUAGCAUCAC